CUUAUUAACACGAGCAUGAAGCACAGCUGGCAGGUACCAUUUGAUAAUGCAGUGUGGAUGAUCACUUUCACCGAGGUACAUGUGCACUCCUUGUACAAAGUGUAUGCAUUGCUGAUUCACCUUCUUCCAGCACUAGUGGGAGACACUGCAUUGCUUGCCAUUGGACAAAAGCCCAGGUUUAUUACGAUUUACAGGAAGAUAAACAAGCUUUUAGAUGCCACUUCAUACUUCCGCAUUCGACAGUGGGCGUUUUCUAACCAGAACAUAAUUCAUAUGUGGAAAAAGCUCAGUGAAGACGACCGAGAGAUUUUUGACUUCAACAUCAGUAACCUGAAUUGGGAUCUGUACUGGAGGCAGGGUCUCAUGGGACUCCGCACGUUUGUGCUCAAGGAAGACCCAAAAAAUCUCCCACAAACUAUUAGGAAGAGAUACAGGCUGUACUGGCUUCAUCAGUGUCUGAAGUUCUUUUUCUUCUUCAUAUUUUUGUGGCUUUAUUGGUUGGCCAUCAUCUCCAUCUUCUGAUUGAAUGGAGGAGAACCUGAGGAAAACCUGUCAUUGUAGGAAAACAGUUCAUGAGUUACUUGGUUUGAAC